CCCUGUGUAACUUGCUUUUGUCGCAGGUGAUUUUCGGCGCGGAUGGAUCCUAUGUCGUAUGGCACCAGUUCCAACCCACUGGGAAAUCAUGGCCUGCACCCGUCUCAAGCCGAAAUACUUACUGGCAUACCCAUGGGCACACCCGGCAGUAGCUCCGACAAGCUGAAGUCGGAGAGCCUCGAUCAGCAUCAACAGCAACAUCAGCAACAUCAGCAUCAGCACCAACAGCAGCAGCAACAACAACAGCAGCAGCAGCACCAGCCACCGCAGUCGGUCGGUCAGAGUUCGGACAGCACGACCGACAAGCCGACGAAACAGAAGCGACACCGCACUCGCUUCACUCCGGCCCAGCUCAAUGAACUCGAGCGCAGCUUCAACAAGACGCACUAUCCCGACAUCUUCAUGCGAGAGGAGCUGGCGCUGCGCGUCGGACUAACCGAGUCCAGAGUGCAGGUGUGGUUUCAAAAUCGUCGCGCACCACAGUUGUGGAAAAAACGCAAGAAGACGACGAACGUUCUCAGGAAUGUGUUUUUCGUAAUCAUCAAGUAUUACACCCAUGUCGGAUAG